GCUAAUUAAGCAAUCUAGAGCUACUAUUUUAUACUUGCAGUAGCUUGCUUGCCUUCAUCUCCAUUCCUCUUCCUCUACAUUCCGGUUAGAGAUACACCAAGAUGAGUAAAUUCCUUGUUGCAGCUGUCCUGCUAUCUCUCGCCAACCAUGGAGCUGACAUGGCCACAGCGUGGGAUGAUAAAGAUUUCUUCAGAUACUGUCCACCGUACAGUUGCAGCAAACAUGGCCCAGAGAUCAGGUUUCCUCUCCGACUUAAAUCCAACAAUACAUCAUCAUCAUGCGGCGGACCAUGCAUGGGGAUGGAGUUAGCAUGCUCUGGCCAGGACACCAUCCUUGUUCACCCAGUCCUUGGCCCAUGUAAGGUCACUGCCAUAGAUUACAGUAGGAGUGCCAUGAAUAUCACCCAGCUUUUAUACUCCUCAUCUCCCUGUCCGCUCAAGGAGCUCUUCUCCAGAAGCAUACCGAUUGAUGCCUAUGAAGAGAACCAGGGCCCAUGUCCGGUCACAUUUUAUGAGUACAAUACAACCCUAGUAUGCUGUCCGAGAGAGUUCACGCCAACAAGCAGUAUUUAUGCUGCCGAAGGGAUUGCUGGGCCAGUCUCCUGCCUUAGUAAUGCAACUCACUUUUUGUAUUUGGUGGACGCAUCUGAGCCCAUUUCCAUUUUUCCACCGGAUUGCAAGGUGUGCUCGGAUGCCGCUGUCCCCAUACCAUAUCUCUUCAAGUCAGGUGGCCUCAGCUUUGCUGAGAUAACGCUGGACUGGUAUGUAACGGGCCAAGGCAUCUGGUGCCCAGACUGUGAACGCCAAGGGAGACACUGUGCAUUCAGCUCGCAAAGGAAUCAAACAUUCUGCAUGCCUCAUGCUCAUGGUUCGCGUAUCAAAGUUAUCGCAGCUACAUCAUCGGUGGCCGCUUUUGUUGUUCUUUUGUUGACGGUGGCCACUGCACUUUAUCUUUCACUGAAGACAAGAUAUAACGUAGAGAUACAUUUGAAGGUCGAAAUGUUUCUCAAGACAUAUGGCACAUCAAAACCCACGAGGUACACUUUCUCAGAAGUUAAAAAGAUGGCUAGGCGGUUUAAGGAGAAAGUUGGGCAAGGAGGUUUUGGAACUGUAUACAAAGGUGAGCUACCAAAUGGAGUGCCAGUGGCAGUCAAAUUGCUAGAAAACUCUACAGGAGAAGGAGGGGAAUUCAUUAAUGAAGUCGCAACCAUCGGGAGAAUCCACCAUGCAAACAGUGUCCAGCUCCUCGGCUUUUGCUCAGAAGGAACUAGGCGCGCUCUUAUUUAUGAAUUCAUGCCUAAUGACUCAUUAGAGAAGUACAUAUUCUCGACUGAUUCUAAUAUUUAUCGGCAACUCCUAGUACCCGAAAAAAUGCUAAAUGUUUCUCUAGGAAUUGCCCGAGGAAUGGAAUACCUGCAUCAAGGGUGCAACCAGCGCAUUCUCCACUUUGACAUCAAACCUCACAACAUCCUGCUGGAUUACAACUUCAAUCCAAAGAUCUCAGACUUUGGCCUAGCAAAGUUGUGUGCAAGGGACCAGAGCAUUGUUACCUUGACAGCGGCGAGAGGCACAAUGGGCUAUAUUGCACCUGAGCUAUAUUCAAGGAACUUUGGGGGAAUAUCCUACAAGUCAGAUGUAUACAGUUUUGGCAUGCUGGUGUUAGAAAUGGUUAGCAGAAGGAGGAACUCAGACCCAAGUGUCGGGAGCCAGAAUGAUGUCUACCUUCCAGAGUGGAUCUAUGAGAAAGUAACCACUGGGCAAGACUUGAUUCUUACUUUGGAUAUGGCACAUGAAGAGAAAGAAAAGGUCAGACAGCUUGCCAUUGUGGGACUAUGGUGUAUCCAGUGGAACCCAAAGAAUCGGCCCUCGAUGACAAAGGUGGUAAACAUGUUAACCGGGAGGUUCCAGAAUCUACAGAUGCCCCCAAAACCAUUCAUCUCAACUGAAAAUCAUCCUGUUGUGUAA